AUGUUUAUGGGUGACAUUACAUCAUUAAAUAAAAAACAACAAUUUCGUAAUGCAAUUAAACUACAUCCUGAAUGGAAUCUUACAUAUGCUAAAGAUCAUACAUAUUGGGAAGGUGCUCUCAAUGAUGGAAUAGAUCGUGGUAAUCAACCAUACUAUUGUCCUGUUGGAUGGAAAAGAUAUGCUUUGUAUGUUACUGAUCAUUUUCCUGAGAAAUUUAAAGGAUGGUGUAAAUGUUACCAUGGUACAAAAUUUUCAUAUGGUUUGUCUAUAUUAUUAUGUGGACUAAAACCAGCAGAAAUUGCAGCACAUGGUAAGGGAAUAUAUGUUAGUCCAUCGAUAAACUAUGUAUGCCAUCCGAGAUAUUCUGAAAUUAAACAUAUUGAAACGCCAGAACAAAAGAAAGUUUUUAAAUCUGGUGAAUAUAUUCAAUUCGUAUUAGAAUGCCGUGUUCAUCCAACUAAUAUUAAAAGAAUAGUGAAGGAAACAUUGGGAGCUAGUGGUACUAUUAUUGAUUCUAAUAUCAAUAAUGAUAUUAUUGAAUGGUUAAUAGAUGAUCAAAAUAAAGACGUUGUGGAUUUUAAUGAUCCAGAUGCUUCUAUUGUUUGUACUGGAUUAAUGAUACGUGUUACCGAUAAUCAUCCUGGUCUAUUACCUGAAUCAGAUUGGUGGUUUAAAUCACAUUUAUGUAACACAAAAAGAUGUUGUUGUUUAGAUAUUGAUUUUGACGAGUUAAAACAACAAAAAAACAAGGCACAUACAUGUAAUAUUGUCUAUGAAUAA